UUUUCUCUAUAUUAAUAAGAAGUUCUGUUUUGAAAAUGUUGGAGGUUUUCCAGACCUUGAUCCAGGAUACAGCACACAGAAGAAUUCACAAGAUAAAAUAUGUAUAGACUAAAUACCCAAUAGUAUUUGAGGGAAAAAAUAAUGUCUUGCUGCUGUUUUGAUAGCUUUGGAGUGGGAAAAGAUGUCAUUACACUUAAACCAAGUGAUUUGAUUUUUAUUUUUUUCCGGAGGAGUCUUUACUUCAACGUAUUCCAGUGCACAUUGCAUUUACAAACAGAUUCAAAGACACAGUGCAAAAUAACUUGUAUCACUCUAACGAUAGCAACAUUCGUGUAAAUAUUAAGUUCACAUUCCAAAGUAGUUGAUAUAUUGAGAAGAGAAAGUUCCAUUAUCACACCGUUUAGGAACAAGCAACUGGAAAAUGGCAUUUUUCAAAAGUUUUCAGCAGAAUCUGCCUUCAGUGUCCUCCCUGGUAGACACAAUCAGUAGUGCUGUGGAAGAUUUGAGCACUGCGGUUGGGGAAGUCAGCUAUGCAUUAAGUGACUCAGUCGCUGGGCAGGUAGCAAGUAUGAUGCAUGGCUUUUACCCAGAGGAGGAAAGCUGCACAGCAGAAGAGGCUGCAGGGUCUUCUAAAGUCAGAAGUGCAGUGUUGUGGGAUACCUCCAACACCAGUGAUGGUCAGAAAACACAGUAUGACAGGGAGCACGAAGCAAGGCAAAGCACCAGUUAUGACAUCUCAGCUCCUCAGAACCAAGAACAAGAAAUGCACGAACAGGGAUUUUAUGUUCGUGAUGGGCAGUGGAAACCCUCAGAACACAGAGCAACUGGAGGUGCUGGUGGUUCUGCUUUGCAAGGCUUGGGGAAUGAUGGGAUAUCAGCUGCCAAGCAGAAAAUGGUGGCUGCACCCAGUUGUCAUGAACUGGAACGUCCUGACAAGCCAGAGACAGCUGGAGGAGGAAGCUCCAGGAAUGGUCAGCAUGGUGUUCAGGAGGUAGGUUAUCUCGAAGUGAGGGGGAACCCAAACAGCAGUGGGCACAAGGCUAUGGGUGACUCUAAAGCCAGACCGCAGCAAGCGGCCGUGAGCACAGAGCACAGGCAGUCGGGGAGCUUCGCUGAAAAUAGACAUCUUACGGAUUCAGAGCGUUCUGAUCACUUAAAGAAAGCUAAAAAACAUGGUAAACAUGAUGGAUUCAGAGGGAAUGAAUAUUCAGGAAACAAAUGUUCUCCAGAAGAUAACGUGAGAAACAGCAGAUACAGGACACAGAAAUCCAUUGUGAAGGAAUACACACGUUCAGCUCCAUCAACAAUUUGUAAAAUCAAGUUUCCCGGGAAAAUUAAAGAAAAAAUAAAUCCAACAAAGUACUACAAAGUGAAAGGAGACAUAAAAACAAAGAAAAAUGAAGCUAAUUCUGCUAAGAGAGGAGCAGCAGAGAAUAAAGUUGGCAAAUAUUCUAAGAUAUUACCAGAAAAAGAUAAUUCCUACAUGGACAGAGAUGAGCCUGGUUCAUCCUCUGAAAGUGAAGAUGAAGCACUGGGUAAAUAUCAUGAGGCCUUAUCCAGAACACACACUUCCAGGUGGCCCUUGGUGGAUUCUAGACAAAAGAACUACGCCUGGGAGACCAGGCAGAAGUACAGCCCGUUGUCUGCGGAGUAUGACGGGUACAGCAGUGAAGCGUCCAUCGAGGAUGGAAACUGCAUUCAGAGAAUGAGGAGGACACCUCCACUGGAUGAGCUGCAGCCACCACCUUACCAGGACGACAGCGGUUCACCGCACCUCUCAUGCACGCCCUCUGAGAUCGGGGAUGGCAAGUGUGAGAUUUCCCGCUGCAGCAACAGCCCACGCUGCUCCUUCAACAAGUGCCCCAGCGAAGGAAGCACAGGGCACGAGGCAGAGAGCUUUCACAAUAAAGGCUAUGAAGAUGAUGUCCCUAGCGACAGCACCGCCGUCCUCAGCCCCGAAGACAUGUCAGCCCAAGGAUCCUCCUCACAGCUUCCUAAACCUUUUGAUCCAGAGCCAGAAGCUAAAUAUGGCACACUGGAUGUGACUUUUGACUAUGAUUCACAAAGACAGAAGCUUCUGGUGACGGUGACAGCUGUCACAGACAUUCCAACGUAUAACAGGACAGGUGGCAACUCGUGGCAGGUGCAUCUUGUUCUUCUACCUAUAAAGAAACAGAGAGCCAAAACCAGCAUCCAGAGAGGACCAUGCCCUGUCUUCACAGAAACAUUCAAAUUUAACCACGUUGAGUCAGAGAUGAUCGGAAACUAUGCAGUUAGGUUUAGACUGUAUGGUGUCCAUCGUAUGAAGAAAGAAAAGAUUGUGGGGGAAAAGAUUUUUUAUUUAACAAAGUUGAAUCUUCAAGGGAAAAUGUCAUUACCGGUGAUACUGGAGCCUUCCUACAACCCUUCUGGCUGUGACUCCCAGGUGAGCUUGUCAGAAGUGUCCUGUGGUGAAAGUACAUCCUCCUGUCAGUCCCUUGAGCACGGCUCCGUUCCAGAGAUCCUCAUUGGGCUCCUUUACAAUGCCACCACUGGACGGCUAUCAGCAGAAGUGAUCAAAGGCAGCCACUUCAAAAACCUGGCAGCAAACAGACCACCGAAUGGACUGUUCUGUUGUCUAAAACACUUGAUAGGUGGACAGGUUUAUAUAAUCCGAGAUACAUAUGUUAAAUUAACAUUGCUGAAUUCCAUGGGCCAAGAGAUGUCCAAGUGCAAGACAUCCACCCGCAGAGGGCAGCCAAACCCGGUGUACAAGGAGACUUUUGUUUUUCAAGUGGCCUUGUUUCAACUUUCUGAUGUGACUCUGAUACUGUCUGUGUAUAACAAGCGCAGCAUGAAAAGAAAGGAGAUGAUAGGCUGGAUUUCCUUAGGUUUGAACAGCUCUGGGGAGGAGGAGCUCAGACACUGGACUGCGAUGAAGGAGUCCAAGGGACAGCAAGUGUGCAGGUGGCACGCCCUGCUGGAGUCCUGAGCAAGGAGCUGCUCCCUGGAGAGUCCUCGUCAACACCCUGCCACAAUGCUGCACACUUUUGAAAGGACCAUCAGUGCUGAGCUAAGGGAACGGGCUUUGUCUCUGGCAGAGCUCUGUGAGAAACCAAGAAACUUGUCAGUAGUGUCCCGCAGUCCUCCAGAGAUUGAAGAACAUGCUUUUGAUUUGAAUUUUAUUUUAUUUAGUGAAAAAGCUAGGAAUUUCAUGGUGAUUGUGGUUUUCAGGCCAGAACUUCCAUUGCAGCACUGCGUGUCCUCACCCACACCCUACCCGUAAAGUGUCUGACGGCCAGUCCUUGGUGAGGCUCAGCGGUCACGGCACGUCUCCGGCUCGUUCACGCUGAUGGUUUGAUCUCAGAUGUGUUCUCUCUGUGCCUCAGCCUUUCUUGUAGUACUAAACCCAAGUGCAAAAUUCCCCAAAGCAAAGUUUAAGCUUGGUUUCUUUGAAGUUUGUCUUUGCUUCUUUCUUUCUUUUUAUCUCUCUCUCUCUCUCUCUCUCUCUCUCUCU